GCCAAAGCCACUUAUAUGCAUAGCAUUAUGGGCUGGCUUAAAAUUAACUUAAGAUUAACUAAGCAAUGAUGUAAUCAGUGAUAAAACAUUAUUGUAAACAGAUAACUAUAAAGCACAAGCAAGUGAAGGAUGCCUUUCCCUGCAGCAGGAGGCGCCAGAGUACCUUUGAGGACGGCCAAAUGUAUAAGAUUUGCCAGGCAUGGAUGUGCAAACAGACCGUUUUACCACAUUGUUGUUAUGGAUAAAAAGAGUCCUAGACAGGGUCAUGUGAUUGAGCAGCUUGGGACUUGGGACCCUCUGGUCAAUGCUCAUGGGGAGAAGUUAUGUUCCAUUAACCUAGAGCGAACAACUUACUGGAUCAGUAAAGGAGCUCUUAUAUCUGAGGGCUGUUCAAUGCUUCUAGGUCUAGCAGGAUUACUGCCAAUCCACCCUCGAGUGUAUUUGUUAGCCUGGCGUAAUCGAAGAGCAGCAGCAGCUCAGAAAGUGCAAGAGAAAGAGGAUGCAGCACAAGUUGAAAACUAACAAAGAGGAGGUUGUACAGUCGACAAGCUGAAGAAAAGACACUCUGGCAGACUGGAAACCUUUAAUGAGGUGUCUUGCACAGAGACCAAACUUUUUCAAGUUUAGAGAGAGUACAUGGUAAGCAUAAGUAUAUAUAGUCGGGAGAGCAAGGGCCAAGGAGUCAUUAGGUGCUAACUUGACUAUAUCAGGUCAGGUGAGUGGUGUGUGCUGAGGAACAUUCGAACCAGGGGUCCUGCCAACUGGAAACUUUCCUGGUUGUGGGCGAUGGUGUCUGUGGUAUAUACAGUGCUGAUUCAAGUCAUUUUCUUCUGUUCUUUGUCUUUAUGCACAAUCAUGCUUGGCCUGGGGCAAUUCCAUGUAGUGUGAAGCUGUGUUAGAAUGUAAAACACAGGCAUUGUUGAUGUUACUGCUGCAACAAGCAUAUUUGCGUUUGUAUGUUUUUUAAUAAUGCCGUUUCUCACCAUAAAGGGUAACAGAUUCCUAGCUAUCUUAUGCACAUGUACAGUACCUUAUUACAACCUCUGUAGGGGAUAGUGUAUAUGCCUGUAGUCUCCAUGGGGUUGGGAUUUACUUAGGCCUAGUCUCUGAUAGUGGUCAAGGUGACAGUGGCUGUGAUGCCGUGACAUUUUUAAAUAUCUUAGAAGCAUUCCUGGGUACAGUUGAACUAGGGAAGAUUGAAAAGCGGUCAUUGCUAGAAUCAACUCUCGAAGUGUUAUUUUAACUGUGCUUCUACAAUUCCACAUGAAAGUGGUAGGAAAAUGUACACUGCUGAUGAUCUCGGUGAUUUUGAGACACUUGUCUUCCAGGAAAUAGGAGAACCCUUAGAAAGACACUCAACAGAACACCUUUCUUGGUUCUAGUAGAGUUGAGACCAAAAAGGAAUGAAACAGUUUUGGUUGGUGGGUUUAUGAUGUGUACUAAAUUCAAGGGAGUGGCAAGUAGUGUUCUUGUGUACAAGGACAUUGAGGAUAAGUUUUGUUUUCCACUUCUAAAGUGAGCUGAAUUGAUGAGGAUGUCAUCAACAAACAUCAUCCAAGAUACUCCAGCAGGAAUAUCAUGGACUCGUCUCCUCGAGGAACUCCAUAUGGAAAUUCACGAGGACAGUGCUUAUUGGGGACCCUGUUCAUAACAGGAUGGGGAGCCUCCAUAUCUUUUACCACCCUGAGAUGAUCAAGUAUGUAUGGUCUUCUAGAACCCACAAGUCUGAGGUACUCUUCAUUCCCAUAACCUCAAGUAUAGCCAGGGCUCUGGCAAAAUCCCUUUCCAUUUUGCUUGGCACUAUCAGUAGUACACUCUGGCACUUUGGUGAUCAGACACACACUGGACAAGAAACUCGUUAAUCUUGAUGGAUCAGGCUAUUGCCAUCCUCCAUGACAAAGUUUUUGAUGUAUUCUGCUGGGUUUCUAAGGGCUCUCAGAAUCCUCAGCUUGGAGUUCUUGAAUAGCAAGCCCCUCACAACUACCUUAUUCUUAGGCAGUUUACAUUGUCCUACUAUCUUCUGGAUUGUAGAAGUAAAGCACGGAAAAUACUUAGCAUUCAGAGAGUCGGUCUGGGUUUUAAUCUUCCCUACUAUCAUAGGUUCUUUAAAUAAAGGCAGUUACAUAACUGCCACUGUCACUUCAGCUGUUGUCAAAGAUAUUACAAGGCCUAAGAGAGUUAGCGGCAGCCCCAAGGAGAGUGCACCAUCGUCAUCCCUCAUAGUAGUUAUAAUAAAGUAUACAUGUGGGUGACAGCUAGUGAUUAUAGUUGUAAGAAUAAGAUAAGUACUUCUGUUACACUAUGUGGAGUGGCUCAGGGUGAGCAUGGUUAUCUACGAAAAGGCAGAAAAAAAUGCCUUGAAUCAGCAUUCAUACCAGAAACCAUUUCCCAGAACUAGGUUAGUUUCCAGUCAAGGGACCUCUUGGCCUGCAUGUUCCUCAGCACACACCACUCACCUGACCUAAUAUAAUAAGAUUUGCACCUGACUCCUGUCAUCUGCUGUUCUGACUAUAUACAACUAUCCUUGCCCUGUACUCUUCAUAAACUUGAAACAGUUUGGUUUCACUAUGAAAUGUCUCAUUAAAGGUUUCCAUUCUGCCAGUGUUUUCUUAUCACCUUAAGAACUAAUGUUAAAUUUAUGUACAUAUAAAAUGAAUGAAGACUU